AUGGAGCGCGAUCGAAGUUUUCGCGACGGUGAUCGAGUGAAUGACGACUACGGAUACAGUUAUCGCGAUAGCGAGCGAGUUCGUUCGAAGGACCGUGAACGCGAUUGGGAUGAACGCAGCACGAGCAGCAACACAAGCAGCAGUCGUGACCGAGACCGAGACCGGGAUCGCGAUCGUGAUCGCGAAAGACGUCGCGAUAAGGACAGCACCAGAGAUCGCGAUAAGGACAGCACCAGAGAUCGCGAUCGGGACAAGGACCGCGACAGAGACCGUGAUCGAGACCGUGAUCGAGACCGUGAUCGCGACCGUGACAAGUACCGUGAUCGCGACAGAGAUCGAGAUCGAGACCAGGAUCGCUAUCGUACACGCGACCGUCGAGACAGAGACCGCGACUACGAUCGCGAUCGAGACUAUGACAAGAGGGAUUAUUCUUCUUCUCGGUACAGUAGUUCUUCAUUUUCUCGUCCAGCCACGUAUGAUCCCCGUCUUGCUCAACGAACGCAGCAGAGAAGCCGUCGAGGGGAUGGCGAUGAGGACGACGAGGAUGUGAUGCGCAGGAAGCAACUGCAGGACGAGUUGGGUUUAUCCGAUGAAGAAGAGCUUCCCUCGAGCAACGGUGACGCCGAAAAUGGAGUUGGUUCCUCACGUAGCAAUGGCUCUUCAGGUGAUAGUGAAGCCAGAGCACGCAUCAAGGAGCUCCAGCGUGAAUUGAAAGUAGCUCGUGAUGCAGAACAAAAAGCCCAAGAAUCUCUGAACAAGCUGCAACUACUCAGCAAGUCGCAAACUGCCAUCCUCAAGACCUCCAUGAGCAAGAAAAUUCAACAAAAGGAGGCGUUGGUGGAGGAUAUGACCAACAUUAUCAAGGAGCUUGAGCGGAAGCUCCAGGAGGCUGGGGUGACCUUCGAGUCAUACAAUGUGCCUGACUCCGCUAAAGUAUCUUCAAGUCGGUCGACGGCUACUCCAUCGGACAACGAUGGGGAGGCUGAAAUCAACGCUAUGAAGACCGAAAUGGAGCGCUUGAUUGAAGAGAACAGCGCACUCAAAGCUGCUGCGACGAAGACCAGCAAUGACUCCAAACCACCCACUUCAGCGCAAUCUAUUCCUGAGAAUAUGGUCAACAAAGCUGCUCUCGACAGCGUGGAAGCAGAGAAGCGUCAGUUGAUGCGCCAGAUGAAAGACAUGCAGCAGCAGUUAGCCACACUUAAUUCUGCGGCCGCUGCAGCAGCAGCUUCUCCACCUCCUGCACCACCAACACCUGAGAGCAACUCCAGCUCGCUUCCAUCAAACUCGGAGGAAAUGCAGGCCUUAAAGAGCAAGCUCUCCGCUGUUGAGGCUUCACAUCAGAACGCUCAGAAAACGAUCCAGCGUCUUGAGAAGGAGCUUGCUGCAGCUUCGGCUCGAGCAGCAACGACUCCAGAACCUAGCGUCCCAGCGCCGCGAGGCCCUUCCAAGCUUGAAACAGAACUACAGUCACAAGUUCGCGAGUUGGAGACUCGUCUCACUGAGUUGCAAACGCAACUGGAGCAACAGAAGCGAGAGAGUGAGGCGAAGCAGACAGCGGCCGACGAGCGCUACGCGAAGCUGAAGUCGACAGCGGAGGGUGAACUCAACAAGAUCAAAGAGCAGGCGAAGAAGGCCAUCUUGGAUCUCAAACGGAAGCUGGAGGUGGCAUCUAAGGGACAGCAACGCAAGCAAGCAACGAUCGUGAAUUUGAGCACGCGAUUGAAAGCUCAGCGUACGGACCUUGUGACACUGAAGUCGCAGGUUGCAGCUCAACAGCAACAAGUUCCAGUGCUGACCAAGCAGCUGACCGACAAGAUCUUACAGCGUGUCCAGAAGCAGGCCGAUGCAAUGGCCGGUGUCGUGGACAACUACAAGCGCGAGAUGAAGGAGCGCAAGCGCCUAUUUAACCUCGUGCAGGAGCUCAAGGGCAACAUCCGCGUGCUGUGUCGUGUGCGUCCAAUUUCCAAGAAUGAAAUCGCUCAGGGCAGCAAGAUGAUCUGCAAGUUCAUGCCUGAGGAGAUCACGCUUACCGGAGAGAAAGGUAAGGUGAAGACCUGGGAGUUCGAUCACGUCUUCGACAUGGGCUCGACGCAAGACCAGCUCUUCUCGCAGGUGAAGCCUCUCGUCACGAGUAUUCUGGAUGGCUACAGUGUCUGCAUCUUCGCGUACGGUCAGACUGGUUCGGGUAAAACGUUCACAAUGUCGGGGCCCCCAGAGAACCCAGGCAUUAACACGAGAUCUCUACAAGAACUUUUUGAACGCAAGAGCGAACGUGUGAAGGAGUACCAGGAUGAAAUCACAGUCAGCAUCAUGGAGAUCUACAACGAGCAGAUCCGUGAUCUGCUAGCACAAGACGCUUCCAACACGAACCUGCAAGUGCGUCAAGGCCCCACGGGUAACUUCGUUCCGGGCUUGACGGUGGUGCCUGUACAAACUCUGAAUGAAGUCUUUGACCUCAUCAAACGUGGCAACAAGAACCGUAGUACGCAUGCCACCGACAUGAACGAGCACAGUAGUCGAAGUCACUCGAUCCUCUCCAUCCAGCUGAAGAGCCUCAACAUCGUCACCAAUGUCGUCGCCAGUGGAAAGCUCUUCCUCGUCGAUCUAGCUGGUUCCGAGCGACUUUCAAAAACGGGGGCCGAAGGACAACGACUCAAGGAAGCACAGAACAUCAACAAGUCACUCUCGGCACUCGGAGACGUUAUUGCUGCUCGAGCUAGUAAGCAGAAGCACGUGCCAUACAGGAACUCAUCGCUGACAUACCUGCUCCAGGAUGCCCUUGGUGGCGAUUCGAAAACUCUCAUGGUGGCUUGUGCGAGUCCGGUCGAUUACAACUGCGAAGAAACUUUCUGCACACUCAACUUCGCUGCCAGGACGCGUAGUGUUGAAAUGGGCAAGGCCACCAAGAAUGUCGCCCAAGCUACAUAACUCUUUAGCCUGCUGAAGACAUUAUGCCAUUCCUUGAUACCUUUCGCAGUAAUACACUACUACCCUCCGUGUUACGACAAAAAAAAAAAGCUGUUGGUGGCUUGUCCAC